UAAUGCUGUUUAUACUUUACUUUCAUUAAAAGAGAUCUCAAAUUGUGUCUUUGAUCUUAUUUGCCUUUGGGAUAUUUCUUACAGAGUAAAUGAAGCUGCAGUUUUCCUCUGCUGUUUAUAAAGAAUGCUCUUGUUCAGUCAUACUAAAUGAAGAUAUUGAAACUAUUUGUUAGAAACCAGUUUUUGGAGUCUAGUUCCUUCUGUCAUGCAAUUUCCAAGUACAUUGGUAAUACCCCAAAGUCAGCAUUGUAAUACAAGCAAAAUCAUGUUGUGUCUGUCACAAAAGUAUCUUUGAUUGCAUCACAUAUCGUUGUUAAAUUUCAAAGCUGUCUCAUUUUCCAUGGUCUUUGCAACCCCCCAAUUUCUGUGGAUAGGCUUUAAAGAUCUGGGAUUUCAUGCAUUCUUAUCUGCUAAAACUGAAUAGGAUGCAGAGGAAGCUAAUGCGUAUAUUUUUAUUGGCAGUGGAUCUAUGCCAGCCUGUGCUAGUAAGCCAGAUAGAGGGCGAUGGCGACCCAGAGCCAGACUGGAUCUUCCUGCGAGUCACUGCGCAACAUGUUAUGGAGGUGGAGCUGAGAGCAGCCAAGGUUUUACACAGGCUGGAACUACAAAGUCUUCAGAAAGUAGAGACUUCAGAAAUGCGCUGGAGAAGAAAGGACCUGGAGCGUGAGUUUCCUGUUCUUACCCUCUAUUUCAACUAUAUCUGCAAGGACCGUCAGAAACGUUGCUAUGUAGUAUUGGAUGACCAUCCUGAACUGCGUAUGCAGGAUUUGCUCAGAGUGCUGGCACCUACCCUGGAGAAAAAUAGGAAGAACAGAGGAUUGGCAGAAGGUCCAAAGCUCCAGUGUCUAAAAUGCAAACAGGAGUUCCUUGGGUUCCAGAUACUUCAGUUACAAAGACAGGUCUCUACAAAAGAGAGUAUAGCUUUCUCUGAGCAAGAUGUUGCUGCUUCCAGUGAGACCAUUAUCUGCCCUGGUUGCUCUAGUGAUCAUGUGGUCAUCUUACCGUGUGAUAGGCAUUCGAAUGCACCAAUGCUCUCUCAGGAUUGCUUCAAUGAAAGCCAGCAGGAGGCAGAGUCCAGAAAAUUUUACAUUGGUGAUGACAGUAACUCUGAAGCAGGAACCAGUUCCAGUACCCAAAUUCAAGAACUUAGUAAUGAUCAUGGCAGCACAGCACAUUCCAGUUCUCGCAGUUCUGAAGGAGCUGAUGCUUCCAGGAGGGAUCUGAACUCCAAGAGUCAAUAUUCCUCCCUCAGCCACACAGAUACCAAUGGAGGGAGCCUGAUGGGAAGCUACCAUUAUGGUACUUCCCGUGGCCGCACCCCUUCCCAGCUGUCCAUGAGCUCAGAGCAAGAGGAGCAUUGGAACCUUAGUCCCCCCACCAACAGUAUGUUGGGCAUGCGAGACUUAUUCUCUGUGGACCAUCGGCUAAAACUUUAUUUAGAUAUGGAAGUCUUUGAGAAGGCAGAAGAGUUCAAAUGUUUUCUCAAGGUAGCAGUUGUGAAAAAUGGACGGCCUGGGGAGUUCCUAGUGCUCUUGGUGGCUUCAGAUGUCCAACUUCAUGUGUUGGAGGUAACUGGAGAGAUAAGGGGACAACCAUCAGAUUGGCUAAAGAAGGGAGACUGUCACUUCCUGUCUGAUCUCUCUUGCUUGGAGGUGGGAUUAUGUCAUCAAAGCUUACAUAUGGAGUUUGUGAAUCCCCGUGUCUCCUAUACACUGCUACUUCGCAACCAGAGCCGCUGCAGAAGAUUUCUCCAAUGCUUGACAUACCUCAUAGAAGAAUUGCCAAGUAAAAGCAGGAGAAAAGUCCCAGAAAUCAUUGUAGUAGAAAUGAACUCACAGCACCCAUUAUGGCCAUUGAUUGACAAGGAUCUUGCAAGAGAAGCUGCAAGUGGUUCAACCAGACCAUUCUUCUACUUACUGACAUACCUCAUCCAAGGGUCUUCUGCAUUUCCUGUGACUUUGCUCAGCACUCGUAGUAAUAUAUUCUUGGUGGAAGAAGAUCAUCAGUGGCAACAAGUCCUGCCUUCUUCUGGUUCAGGCAGUGAUAUUGAGAAACAGCCCAAGGACUGCAUCCUGCUGAAAGCAAAUGAGUCAAUCAGUAGCAUCAGUGGUGUAGUACUUUACCGUUUCUCUCCUUGUGAUGUAAAGCUGCAACUGUAUGAUGAGGUCCUAAAAGUGGAAACCACUUGGCAUUUGCGAACAGAAUGCCCUGACUUGCUGGCUGAAUUGGUGGAGUGGCUACGUGUGCCCUGGGAAGAAAUGUUCUCAAUUGCUCUCCGUAAGACAGUACUAGAAGUGCUAGAGUGAAUUGAAGAACUCUUGACUACAGUGUUUCUGUUCCUCUUGGAUUAGAAGAAUAGUUCUUGCAUCACCUUCCAGUCUUUGUUGCUCAUAACAAUUUUAAAUUUUGCUUCGGUUGGAAGUUUUAGCAACAUUGGGUAACUGCAACUGGAUAAUUUGCAUCCAUCCUCUUUCUCAACAUCAUAGACCCUUGGAUGUAUGCAAAAUGUCUUCAGUGACUGUGCAUGGGUCAUAUCCUGUGAACCAAGAGAUGAGUCAGGCCAGCCUGGCAGAUCGCUUCCUAUUGUACUGAAGGAGAUUCCAGAGUUAAGGUUAAUCCUGCACUUGUCACUUUUUGUUGGAUAGCAGCUGCUGGAGAUUGUGGUGGAAGUUAUGCAAAGUAGUUAGAUGGUUCUGGACUGUGCAUAGAACUGGAUUAUGAUGGAUCAGAAACAUGAGCCUGGAACUCUCACUGCAAAUCUGUGAAACUUUUUGACUAUUUUUGCUUUAUUAUGCAGAACUCACUAUCCAGACUGGUUUAGAAUAUAGGCUGGAAUCUAUGACCCUGUGCUGGAAGAACCUUUUCCUGGGUUGUUUUGGUUAUUGGAAUAGGGAUAUGAGAAUUCUUGUAUAUUUAUGUCUCUGUGCAUGCAGAGAUAUUCAUGCACUCAGGGUACAAGUCACUGGAAGCCAUAGCCUUCCCUGGACAGGACAGAGUUAAAUUUUAAGUGUAAACUUUUUAUAUAUGGUGUUAAAUAAAACUGGUUUUUA